AUGUGGUGGAAUUGGCAAGGCACCAAUCCAAAUGAGAACAUUGUAGCUUAUAUGAAGAAAAAUUAUCCACCAGAUUGGACCUAUGCGAAUUUUGCUCCACAGUUUCGUGCCGACCUCUAUGAUCCGAAUGAGUGGGCCGAUCUGUUCGCUGCCUCCGGUGCAAAGUAUGUUGUUCUCACUAGCAAGCAUCAUGAAGGUUUCGCCAUGUGGCCAUCAACAUUUUCCUUCAAUUGGAACUCCAUGCAGGCUGGUCCGAAACGAGAUUUACUCGGAGAUUUGGCUGCAGCUAUUCGAAAUCGAACAAAUAUUGUCUUUGGUUUGUAUUACUCUUUUACUGGAGGGAAUGCCUUGGUCAAUAUUGGUCCCAACUUGCAUGGAAAGAUUCCGCCAAUAUUUCAAGAGCGUCUUCGACAAAUGGGUUCAUGGUUACAAGUGAAUGGUGAGGCGAUUUAUGCUACAAAACCAUGGAAAUAUCAAAAUGAUACCAUCAAUCCCAAUAUUUGGUAUACAUCGUCAAAAGACAGUAAAUUCGUCUAUGCUUUUCUUCUUAUAUGGCCAAAGAAUACUACCGAAAUUAUACUCGGUGCUCCAUUGAGUUCCUCGAGAACAGUUGUGACACUUCUAGGUUCAAGUGCUGAUUCACUUCCAUGGCAUGUAGCUAGUGGAGAGCGUGGCAUUGUGAUCGAUGUGUCAACGAUCAAACUCCAUUCACUUCAAAGUGGUUGGACAUGGGCAUUCAAACUGGAGAAUUUGUUAUCCGACGAUAUCAUUAAUCCUACUCCUGGACGGGGUAUCCCUGUUUGUUUUCAUUGUUCUUUGCUAUUAUCUGCACUUCUUUGGCUUUUGUAUGUACAAAUGUGA